CGGCUGUCACUUUGCUCAACCCCCUUUCUUUCUCUUCUCUCUGUUGCAUGCUGCGGAAACAUGGGGUUGAUCACCGGAGUUAUUGCUUUCUUUUACCACUUACCUCAAAUAUACAAAUGGCUCUUCAAGCCUUAUUACAUAUUGUCUAUAUUGAUGUCCGCCGCAUUCCUCAUACUUCGGAAGUGUCCGGGACUUUGCGAAAACCUCAACACAGAACGGGAGGACGGGAACCCAUGCGACUUUGACUGGAGAGAAGUUGAGAUUCUUAUGUUUCUCAGUGCGAUUGUCAUGAUGAAGAACAGAAGAGCCAUCACCAUAGAGCAGCAUGCAGGGAACCUGUUUAUGUUCAGUAAGGUGGCCAACGUCAUCCUCUUCUUCAGGCAGGACAUCAGACUGGGCAUCUUUUACUUCGCUCUGUGUAUUGCCUUCGUCAUGACCUGUAAACCGCCACUCUACAUGGGCCCAGAGUACAUCAAGUACUUCAGUGAAAAGACCAUAGACGAGGAGCUGAAUCAUGAUACUCGCGUGACGUGGAUUGUUGAGUUCUAUGCUAACUGGUCUCCUGAGUGCCAGUCCUUCGCCCCUGUCUUUGCCGACCUCUCCCUCAAGUAUAACUGUACUGGACUGCGGUUUGGGAAGAUAGACGUUGGUCGGUACGGAGAGGUGGCUCAGAGGUACAAGGUUAGCACCUCUCCUCUGGCCAAGCAGCUCCCCUCAUUGGUGCUUUUCCAGUCAGGGCGGGAGGUCAUGAGACGUCCAAUGGUGGACAAUAAGUGUCGAGCUGUGUCCUGGACUUUCAGCGAGGAGAACAUCAUCCGCGAGUUCAACCUGAACGAGCUCUUCGAGGCGUCUAAGAAGAUAAAGAAGGGUCGUGGCGAGAAAGGAGAGGACAACCCCUUACUACCAGAGGAGGGCAGCAAAGAGCCUCAACCUGAACCUGACACCCCAGCAGAGAGCAAGAAAGACCAGUAGUGACGAAGGGAGAACAAGGACUGGAUUGUUCUACCACACAGUCGUACACACAGUUCACUGCUGGUCAUAUAAUCUGCCUGUGUCUGUUAUAUCACUGUUGUAUUAUCAGACCACCAGUAUUCAAGUUAAUUCAAGAGUUUGGCCUUGUGAAAAAGCAGCUGCAAGCGAACAAAAAGGGACAGAAUGAGGCAUCUAAAUGUAAACAUCAAACCGUCCUAAUUAUUGAUGCCUUAAAAGGUCCAAUGCAGCAGUUCUCAAUAGAUUAAGAUCAUUCUGCGUAACAAUUAAGUACCUUACUGUGAUUGUUUUAAAUUAAAAUGGUAAAAAAAGAAAAAAAAGAGCAAAGAGCAAUUUCUCAAGCAAGAAUUUUGGUAGGACUUUCUGGUAGUGGUUUGAGUGGGAAGGAGAAAACUAGUUAUUGGCAGAGGUUUGGAACUAAUUUACCGCAUGGUGAUGUCACCAUGGAAGGCCAGAACUCCCUCCCACCAACACAGGCAUUCUUUUCAAACAGCUCCUACACUAAAAGGGCAUUACCAUUAUUUUCACAAUUUUACAGCAUUAUUCCAACCUCGGUGUGGAAAUAUAUAUGAAACAUAGGAAAAUCAAGUUUGAUUGCACUGGGCCUUUAAAUUAUUUAAGUGAAAAUGCCUUACACUGCCAUCUCACUCAUUCAUCCAUAUUCGUUUUUCUGUGACUGUAGUGAGUUUACUUGUUUUUUCAUGUUCUGCUGCUUUUUGGGUCACAUUUUUCAACACCAAAGUAUGGAGUCAAACUGACAGUUUAGUCUGUCGGCUAUAAUCUGUUCUGCCAAAAGUUAAAUAAAACUUUUCAAUGCUCAGAGA